AUGACAGUGGAUAUCCAUCUAUGGGAAAUACUCAUCCGAGCACUAAUUGUACUAAUAGUCCUUACUUCAAUUUACAUUAUUUCCAUAUACUUGCUCGAUUAUUUCGUCAUCAAGACUUAUCCAUUCAUUACAACUUCUAGUACAUCAUCAAUUACCAGUGAGAUCGACGAUCCUCCAAGCCUUGAAAUUCUGCCCCGACUGCUAAGAUUACGAAAGGAGGAGUUUUAUUUACAAUACAACAAUAGUUCCCAAUUUCUACGUCGUGACUCGUUUGCAGUAAAUGUACUUCAGUAA